AUGUCUGCCAGCGGAGAUCCCACUAGCCUGGAUCUGGGGCAGUUCAAGCAGCUGGCCUCCAUGUCCCUGGGUGCAAAUAGCUAUGACUUGACGGUGUUCCAACCUUUCCGCGGCGCCCGCUUCAAUCACUCUGUCUCAACGAAUGGCCACUACUGGGCCGGUCCUUUCAUUCACUUCGCUGUCCAUACCGCCACAUACGUCUUCACGUACCGUUUUUUUGCCAAUCACUCUCCAGAGCACCCUGAAGGGUACCUGGACAUCGACUCGCUCAUGGCUUUCGAAGACGUGACGCGUAAUGCCAAUGGCGAAUUCGUAUGGAAGACUGGCCGGGAACAUAUCCCGAACGACUGGUACCGCCGCGCCAUCGGCGACGACUUCGGCAUCGCUGCUUCCGCAUUGGGUACGGUUGAUGCGCUGCAGCAUCUUCCCUACAUGGCGGUCUUGGGAGGAAACACGGGUGAACCAAACACCUUCACCGGUGUCAACGUCGCAGACCUUACAGGCGGCGUGCUCAAUCCCGAAACGCUGUUGCAGGGAAAUAACACGAUGUUCCUGGCCUUCCAGGCGGUCAGUGCCGUUGCGCCGGAUAUCCUAAGGGGGCUAGUUGGUAACGUGUUGCUCGAGGUACAGAAGUUGACAGUGGUGUUGACCUCCUGUAAUUGAGAAGCUAGGGGGGGCCGCAACUGGCGAAGUUUGAUACCACUACAUUUGGCAAUUUUCCUGGGGCACAGGGUGGGAUUUAGCUCCUUGUAGUUG